GAAAUAAAUGAUUCGAAAAGAGGGAAAAAAAUUCAGGAUGGCAAUGUGGUACCGAGGAUUAGGAGAAUAAAGGUCUCCUCUCUUUCAUCCGCGCCAUUGUCCAGGAUACCACCGUAGCGUGAAGAUAAGCUAGAGAGCGACUCCAAGUGAAGACGUAAAAAGAUAUGCAUUCUUCACUAGCUCACCAAUAGCAAACUCAGAGUCGACUCAAUGAUUGAUGGUAUUUUUCAAUCUGAAGGCGAGCGAUGUUACCUUGACCGUCCAGUUAUUGCUAUUGCUGGACUGGCUUGUGAGGCAUCGACGUUCACUCCUUCGAAAACGCUGGCUCCAGCAUUCCAUCCGCGGAGGGGUAUUGAAUGCAUCCAAGAAUAUGACUUCCUCAAGCCGGGAAGUCCCCUCGCAAACAUUGCCGAAUGGCGUGGAGCCCUUAUCGGUCAUGCCCUCCCCGGAGGAAUAGUCACUCGAGCAGCAUUCGAGGAACUAGCGGCAGAAAUUUUGGCUAGACUUACGGAUAUAGUAUCGUGUACACCGCCACUUGAUGGGCUAUGGUUCGAUAUUCAUGGUGCUAUGUGUGUGGAGGGACUUGAUGAUGUAGAGGCAGAGCUGCUUCGUCGUAUUCGCACAGUCAUUGGACCGGGCGUGAUGGUGUCGGCAUCUAUGGAUCUGCAUGGGAAUGUGUCGCGUGAGCUUGCUCACCGGACUGAUUUGAUUACAUGCUAUCGAAUGGCACCUCACGAGGAUGAACAAGAAACAAAAGAGCGCGCCUGCCGAAAUCUGGUCGAUUUGCUCACAAAACAGCGUUUGGCGGGAGAUAGAUGGCUACGACCCUUUAAAGCGUGGAUACCUCUCCCCAUACUGCUACCGGGUGAGCAAACAUCGACUCGGGUUGAGCCUGCAAAACAUAUAUAUGCUGCCGUGUCGGAUGUCGAGGCCAGACAUGGUAUUAUAGAUGCUGCGAUUUGGGUCGGAUAUGCUUGGGCCGACGAACCGCGCAACCGAGCCAUUGUCAUGGUCACUGGCUGGGACAAGACUGUUGUUGCUAAAGGGGCCGAGGAUUUGGCAAAGCUUUUCUGGGAUUCUCAUGCUGAUUUUGACUUUGUUGGUCCUACCGGAACAUUCAAAGAGUGCAUAGACAGAGCUCUGGCAUCUUCUGCACGGCCAUUCUUUAUCUCAGACAGUGGGGAUAACCCGACAGCGGGCGGCAGUGGUGAUAUGACCUGGGGUUUGACCAAACUUCUAAAUAGACCCGAGUUUCAGGAUGCUUCAGGUCCGACUGUGAUAUAUGCAAGCGUACCUGGUCCGAAAGCUGUCGAAGUAGCCGUUGCCGCUGGUAUUGGGGCGACAGUGACAGUGACUGCAGGUGCAGAGGUUGAUAAUAUACAUUCAGGUCCUCUUACAAUGACUGGGAGAGUACACUCAAUCAAACAUGGUGAUAAAAAUGCAGAGAUUGAAGUUGUCCUGCAAGUGGGUAGUGCCUACGCUAUUUUGACAAAACUACGAAAGCCGUAUCAUAAGGAGCAUGAUUUCACUGAUUUGAAUCUCCAGCCUCGCUCUGCAGACAUUGUAAUUGUCAAAAUUGGAUACUUGGAACCAGAAUUGUUUGAUAUGGCAGCGGACUGGAUGCUGGCUCUCACUCCUGGAGGUGUUGAUCAAGACCUUGUCAGGCUAGGGCACCAUCGUAUUCGCCGGCCUAUGUGGCCGUUUGAUAAGAGAUCCGAGACUCAGCCAGACUUGAGGGCACGUUUCAUUUCGUUAUCACACGAUCCUUUACUGGGGCCAGAUGAGUAG